AUGUGGGGGCUUGAUAGUUUGCACACGAUCUACCAUGACAAUGUCAGGAAGAUUGCGACCAAGUACAACUACGACGGGGUACUAUUGGAUCUCGCCUGCGGAACGGGACUUUUCGCAAGAUUGAAAGGCGAAGCCCAGGGAGUGACCUCUGGAGAUCAUCGCAGUUCUUCCACCAGAUUUAUUGGAGUUGAUUUAUCCCCACAGAUGGGGACGGAAUGCCUUCAUCACGGCUGGUAUGAGCGCGUCCUUGUUGGCCCCAUACAGCAUGUAUUGACAGAGUGGGUGGACCCCGUGGAUCACAUUGUGUGCAUCGGAGCCCUUCAUUACCUCGAUACGAUUGAACUGUCUUUGGACCUUUCUCGCGCAUUUCAGCUGGCCAGGGAAUCGGUGACUUUCACCAUUGAUGAGAUUCCGGAAUCCUACAUCGCGGCGCAGCGCUCCCGGGGUCGCGAAUAUAUGCAUGGCGUCAACCACGUGGAUGAAGUUGCUGCUUUUGGUGUGCUGGUGGGAUGGAAGUCGGCGGACCACUGGAAGUGCCUGGGAUGGAAGUCGCCCACAACUGGAGAUGAUGUGUACACGAAUAUAUUCCUAUUUGAAUGUUUGGACGGGGCAACGCUAUAACUCGCGAGGCUCUUAGGGGUUGGCAGACUCUUCUGCCUGCUGAUUCACUUGUGAUCUGAUUGGCCUUGUGUGGUUUGCGCUGAUCUCUGGGCGCACAUUCUACUACAGACAUGCAAGGUUAUGUCGUUAUGAGUUAUGGUCUAG